UCGACCAACUCCAUUUCCUCUUUGUUUUGUUUAUCUGGACGCCCCCCAUCUCUCUCUCUCUCUCUCUCUCUCUGGAGAAAGCAACUAAGCAAGCAUGGUCUCAGCUUCUCUCUCCAUUCUCUCCUCCUCCUCCUCCUCCUUGUUUCCCUCCAACUCCGCCACUCACUUCGAUGCUUCCUCCACCUCCACCAGCUUCAAAGCCAGGCCCUUCGAAUCCUCCAAACGGACCCUCAGAUUCUCCAGACUCCCAAAGCUCCUUCCUUUCAAGGUCUUCGGCUCUUCCUCCCUCAGCCCAAUUGAGGACGGCUCCGCCGACCAGUUUUUGCAGAACAAUUCAAUUGCGGAUUUCAUGCGGUUCAAAAGGGGUCCCGAUGGCGGAACCGGGGAGCUGCAGACGGCGGUUGUCAGCUACAAAAAGCGGUUCCCUUGGUCGCUUUUGAGGCCGUUUCUUCAGGUUGAUUUGGUUUCGACAAUUCACAUCGCGGAUAAACAGUACUUUGAGACCCUCCAAAAGGAACUUGAGUCCUAUGAUUGUGUCCUUUAUGAGAUGGUGACUAGCCGGGAAAGUUUAGAGAACAGAAGAUUCCUUGCUGCCACGAAAAGACUAAAAGUCAAAGGCUCACGCUCAAGAGGAUUUAACAUCCUGGGAUUCAUUCAGCGACAGAUGGCUCGGGUUCUGACUCUUGAUUUCCAAUUAGACUGUCUUGAUUAUGAGUCUGAGAAUUGGUACCAUGCAGACCUUGACUUCGAGACUUUCAAAUUGCUUCAGGAAGAAAGGGGUGAAAGCUUCUUCACGUUUGCAAGAGAUAUGACUGUUAGAUCCACAAAAGCUAUGAUUCAAACUGUUUCAAUUCCAGAAGGCCUUGGUCCCUGGAGAUCUAAGCUUUUGUGGGCCGCACGUGUGCUUCCGAUGCCACUUGUUGGCCUUCUCAUUAUCGGAGGUGUCUGUGCAGACACGGGCAGUCAGGAAUCGGAAUUUCCAGAACUAGAAGCCUUGUCUAGGCUUGAUUUAGGUGCUGCGAUGAAGGUCUUCUUGGCCAAGAGACUAACAUCUGAAUUCACGCAGGCUACAGCCGAUGUAGAAGAGAGCUCAGUGAUCAUUGGUGAGAGAAACAGAGCUGCCAUGGAUGCUCUUCAAAAAGCAAUCGACAGCGGGAACAACAAGAUUGCAAUACUAUAUGGAGGGGGUCACAUGCCAGACCUGGGGAGACGAUUGCAGGAGUUGGAGCUGAUCCCUACUCAAGCACAAUGGAUUUCCGCAUGGUCCAUAAGGAAACAGGAUCUGAAGAGCAGUUCCCUUCCAUUUCUGAAGACGAUGGCGGAAGUAUCAGGUUGGCCUUUGAACCGCUACCAGACUUUGGCAUUGCUCAUAUUUUCCACGGUCCUCGCGUUGGAUCUAUGGUUUUGGGAGCUCUUUUUCGGCACCGCUGUGAACUGGACGUAUCAACUUGCUUCACAAGUCACUGAAUAUAUUGACAAUGCAGGGAUGAAUUUGUAGAAAUAGUCUCCGAAUCCCAUUGCUCUGAUUCUUUAUAUGUAAAUACAGUAACAAUCUCUGAUUGGAUUAUAAAAAUUUACAAACCAAAACUAUUUCUGAAAAGUAAAUGCAAGGAUCUAACUUGUAAUUCA